CUCUCCUCCCUCACCCCCCAGUCUCAGACCAACCACAUGUCCACGUCCAAGUCCUCCACCGUCUCUCUGGUACCGCCCGGCUCCUCGCACACGCUCCCCCGCCGAGCUCAGUCCUUAAAGUCUCCUUCGGUCACCACCAUCAAGAGUCUGGCGGACUGCAGCUUCAUGUACACCAGUCCGCGGGACGCUCUGGGCUACGCCACGCUCAAGCGGCUGCAGCAGCAGAGGAUACACCCCUCUCUGUCCCACAGCGAAGCUUUGGCGUCGCCCGCCAAAGACGUGCUGUUCACCGACACCAUCACCAUGAAGACGGGCAGCCUGGACUCCAGAUUAACCCCUCGCAGGUAAACCGUCUCUUCUGCAUGAACCCGUUUGAUGUUUCUUUAACGAUCGCCAUGGAAACAGGAAGUGUAAACCUGCAGCUUCAGCCGCCACAGGAAGUGCUGACUCUGUCUGCUGACAUGAUCAGGUGUGAGCGUGAUGUCCCCUCUGCUGUGUCUGUCAGGUUGUCAGAUAGGAGGCGAACCUGUCCAGAACCCAGCAUCUUAAGUCCGUACCGCAGACUGUCCAGAACUCUGGUACCGCGGUGGGUGGACCCACUCAGUGUCCCCCUAGUAGAGAUGUAGCGUCUAGAACCGAAUCAGACCAAUAACAUGUCCUCGCUGCUUUGACCUUUGACCUGCUGCUGCUGCUUUGACUCCUGUAGCCCCUCCUCUCUGUGAUUGUGUAGACUUAGAGCUGUGACCUCACACAGGUGAGGUGUUUGGAUCAGAACCGGUGAUAAAAACAGAGUCAGUCAGUGUCGGACUUUUUCAGAACCUGAAAUAAAAGGUUCAGAUUCGUUUCAGAAUCUUCAAGAUCAAUUAAAAAUUUAGACUUUUAACAGUUUUCAUUCAGAUCAGCGACUCAUCAUCUACCAGAGAUAACUUAAACUAUCAAAAUAAAAGCUUAAACUUCAAAAUAAAAGCUGAAACUUCAAAAUAAAAGCUGAAACUUCAAAAUAUAGGCUUAAACUUCAAAAUAAAAGCUUACACUUCAAAAUAUAGGCUUAAACUUCAAAAUAAAAGCUUAAACUUCAAAAUAAAAGCUUAAACUUCAAAAUAAAAGCAAAGUUUUACAGUACAGAAAAUAAAGGAACCCAAACAAAAGACAGAAACUAUCAAAAUAAAAGCCUGAGAAACGGAUGAAUGAGGUCAUUCUCCUCUAAGCUGCAGAUGAGGAUCAAUUAUUAGGAACGAUGAUGAUCAAUGAUGAUUAAUCGUGUUUAUUAGUGAAGUUAAUUAAGUCAUUAUUGAUCUGUCUUCAUCCUUAAUUUAACUGAUCGUCUGUAUAAAUUUGGAUUUUUCUGUAAUUACUAAAGUCACUGUAUUUAACGACCAUGAUAACGGAGAGGUGAAAACCUGAUAUCAUGAUUGUCCACAUUUCCAGAACCGGGUCGGUCCAAAAGUUUGAAGUAAACGCAGCUGAGAUGAUGUUUCUAUAAAUCAUGACGACGAAUAUUUGAAGAUAAUUUUAUUUAAAAUGAGUCGUAGUUUAGAAAAACUCUCUUUUUAUGUUAUUAAGUGUUUUUUUUUUUAUUUUAACUAGUUUAUUUUUUCUAAUAUUUAUUAAAAAAGUUUUUGUUUUUAUUUUUUCAAAGAGUUUUUUUUUUUCCUGCUUUAAGAGUCUGAAUGUCAAAACAUUAAAGACAAACUAACAUUUGUAUAUUUAAAAUUCAUGAUCUCUUUAUUCUCUUUAACAGAAUCAGAAUAAUUCAGAGUCAGGAUGGAGAAACAAAAAAAACAAAACAAAAUACAGAAUAAUUUGAUCAGCUGAUGUCGAGCGCUCACGAACAGAACCGCAGAAAUAAACUCUGUGGGUUGAACUGAAACGACUCCCUGCUGUGAACCGUAGUCCAGGUUUUAGAUGAGUCCCUCUCUGUGGUCUGAAGGUGUGAGGAGGUCCUCAGCUGAUCUCAUGUAAAGCUGUAGAUGUUCCUCAGGUGUGUCUUCUGCUGUAGCUGACCUCAGUGUGUGGUUUAUUUCUAUCUCUCUUUUUUCGACAUUUUUCUCUCGCUCCUUCCUCACACUCCUCCUCCUCCUCCUCCUCCUCCUCCUCCUCCUCCUCCUCCUCUCCGUUCGUCCGUCCCAGUCUCUCCCCCCGGGUCCUCUCACGUACCUCUCCUCUCGCCCUCCCUAGGUUCCUGAAGGCUCUGAGCUUCGCCUCCCUGGAUAAGGAGGAACUUCUCAGCCCCAUCAACCAAAGCACUCUGCACCGCUGCUCCUCGGUGCGCUCCAUGGUCUCCAGCGCCACCUACGGGUGUAACGAUGACUACAUCGGCCUGGCUCUUCCAAUGGACAUCCACGACAUGUUCAACAUUAGAGACUCCGCCUACUUUCAGCAGAGGAUCAGCCCGCCGUCUGAGGAGCGGAAACGCUUCCUCUUUGGUGACGGAGACGGUAAAAGACGUUUCUUUUCAUGGUUAUAAAAAUCACAGCGGCGUGAGAAUCUGAUCAAGUUUGUUUUCACGCCGUUCGUUCUCUUUAGGAGACCGCCCCGCCAUCCCGGUCCUGAAGCAGCAGUUCAGUAUCUCGGAGCUCAUCGCCUGCAGAGGGGACACCCCCAACCACACGGUGGGCUCCGAGGAGACCGGCCUCCAGGACCACACCGAGGAAAACUGCCUCUACUGUGUCGGCGCCAUCGUCCUCGGAUACCCCACAACGCCACAGAUCAACAGCACACACCCCCGCACAGGUGAGCCAAAACACACGUCCUGCUGGUCACAUGAUCAUAACCUCAGAGCAGGUGAUCAUCUGCGGUGUGCUCUCUGGCAGAUUACGUCGACUUCCCGUCGUGGGGCGGCGGGCAGAGCGGCCAUCGUCUGGAGGUGAUGCCUCAGUCCAAGUUCUCCGGGGUGUCGGGCUGCAGCGACGCCGCGGUGUCACAGGGGUCGAUCUGCAGCACGCCAACGCCUGGUGACAUCGUCAUAGGUGAGUGUGUGUGUGUGUGUGUGUGUGUGUGUGUGAAUCAGGGCUGUUAGGAUGCAGGUAUAUCUGGAACAGUGAAGAAGCCUUAUAUGGUCACACUUCCUUGAUGCUUUACAAAAUAAAAGCCUGAUUGUUUUCCUGACCGUGCUCAUUUAUACUCAUGCUUUUAUUUUGAAGGUGUUUCCUGGACUGAGAGUUUUGUUCAGGUCUUGGUCUUUGUUGGAUCUCUGCUGAACUUUCUCUCAGUCUCACUUUUUCACUCUGUCGCUGUUUUCAUGACUUCACAUGUGACCCGAUCACCAAUCAAACAGGGAUCAAUAAUGACAACCAUAGAAAUUCGCUCUAUUUUGAACAGGAAGUCACUGAUGAGGCUUCGAAGUCAGAAUAAAACGAACUCAGAGGCUCAGAGGAAGAAUCGGUCUGAGGAGAAUCUGAAACCUUUGUUAUCGUCUGUGUUUGUUUCGGUGAAUUGAAGUGAUUUAUUCGUCGUUCAGGUGGAAAAGCGAUCUCAGAAGACGGUCCGGCCUCCAGGGUCCUGCUGAGGAAGGAGGUCCUCCGACUCAUCAUCAACCUGAGCUCCUCUGUGGGAACCAAAGGCCAUGAAACAGGACUACUAACGUAAACCACCUCCCUUUUGUUUUUUAACAGUCUGUGAGCUUCAGCGUCUCUUCAGUCUAAUAUGUUAUUUUAAUUUUGAAUCCUGCAGGAUAAAGGAGAAGUUCCCGUACGCCUUCGAUGACAUCUGCCUCUACUCGGAGGUCUCUCACCUCUUGGCUCACUGUACGUUUCGUCUGACCUCCAGACGCUUCAUACAGGAACUCUUCCAGGACGUGCAAUUCAUGCCAGUAAGAAACAGCGCCUCCCAACUGAGUCGAGUGAAGAUGAUGUUAGUAAGAGUGACGAUGAAAAGUAAGGCUCAGGAUCAGCUGACGAUAGCAGAGUGAAGAAGAUGCUGUGAGUGGUCAGGUAGUUAAAGAUGCUGAGGAUGACAAAAAUCAGGGACAGAGAAAAAUCUGAAAUGUUUGGAAAAGCAAAGAUAACCAGUUUCAGGCUGACCUGCCUCAGUUUGUUUUCUGGUUUGAUCUCUGCAUGUUUUAUCAGAGUCAGACUGAACAGAGGGAGUAGAAAAGCAGAAACACUGAAGACCGUGUCUCUUUCUCAGAGUGUGUUUGGAAGGAUACGGACGGUAUUUUUCUGUCUUUUUUGUAGAAAAUCUAAAGAAAUCUGUCGUUCAUUAGUUCAGAGCGAAGAUCAACGUUUUUCCAUUGCUUUGAAUAUUUUAUCGAAUAUGUUAAAAUCUAAGAAGACAUAAAAUUAGCUGCUUUAAAAAGGUUCUCACUUCACAGUUUUCACAGUUUCAUUUUGUUUGUUAAAUUCAGCUGAAUCGACAUUGAAAAAUGAGUUCCUGAAAAAAAAAUUCAAUUGCAUCUUUUUAUAUUUGCCUAAAGAGGAAUAAAAACACAUAUGAAAAAAGCUCUCAUAAAUCAUGCAUGAAAGGGUUAAAGAUUUUUUAUUGUGUCUGUUAAAUUCUGCAGAUUUUUGGCAUAGAGGCUUUCCCACAUCAAGACUUGCUCAGUGCUGCCCCCUCUGGCUAACACUGGAGCUGCUGUCUUUACUGAAACCCGGCUCCUCUCGACUGUUUGAAUAAAAGACUGUUAAGAAUGUGACCUUCCUCUUUCCUGUUUGUUUUUCAGAUGUAUGAGGAGGCCGAGGCGAUCCUGACGAAGAUACCAAAACCUGCCGAUGAGGACGCCGACCCCCCGGCAGAGUCCUGAUCCCCCCUGUUCAUGUUUCAGUCUCUCCACACAGCCCGGUCCUGCCGCCGACAAACACGGACUCAAAGACUGAAAAAUAAGACACGGCUGCGAGGAGGAGGAGGCGCCGGGCGAGUUUCUGAGAGGAGGAGGAGGAGGAGGAGCUGGAGUUUUCAAACAAGGACUUCUGUAAACGAACGUAUCCUGACACGCCUAAAUGCUGUUUCAAACUUUUUUUUUACCGUUUACAGUUAGAGGGGGGGCCAUUAACCAAAUACUGUUUUCAGACGGAUCCGGUCUCGAGCAGAACCCGGUAGAACAUCGGUGCGGUUCUGAAAGACGAGCCGGAUCAUUCAAAGACUCUCAGUGUUUGACAAAGAAAAGGAACAACUCUCUCUCCACGUGUUUUUCUCUCAUCCAAUGAAAACGGCAUGUCGUCGUCGUCGUCGUGUCUCCCAGUGAUUCCUCAGACCUGCGUUUUUUUUGUUUUUUUUCUCUUUCUCAGACAAACAUACACUACAAAGAGGGUCCUGCUGUUUUCAUGUUUCCGGAACCUUCCUGGUCCAAACCCGGUCCUGACCUGUGAUCUGUUUUAGCCAGAUUUGUGUUUCUGCCUCUCUCGCUUCAGCCUCUGGUCAGCACAGACAGACGUUUCUAUUUCUGUAUCUCAGACAAUCAAACAUCACGAGGAUUUCCUAAAGCACUCUGAACGCCCCCGUACACGGACCCAGAGGAGAACGGCGUGAGACCGAGUUCAAGUCUCCGCCCUCCUCGACUCUUUAGGACCUUUUGUGUCUCUCUGCAGUCGUCGAAUUUUGACUCAAGCUUCUCAGGAGGCGGCGUGAUGAUGAUCGGAGAGAUUUUAAGGUCAUUUCUCCAAACAUUCGCCAAAACCUGACGUCGUCUCCGAUCCCGCGUAAGCCCAGCAGCCGCCCGACUCUUCGCCGCCUUGUCUCUGUGCUUCACUUCCUGCAUGUGCAACAAGCAUGGCAAUCGUGUGACACCACCGCCAAGUGUUUCCUGCUCGUUCAGCAUUUUUUUAAAGAAGAAUAGGUUGCCAUAACACGUCGCCAUGAAGUUGUAGGAAUAUAUGAACCCCUGAAUCUGUUUCCACGAUGCAAUAUCACUGUCUGUCAUUGGCUGAGAUGGAGGAAGGGGAGGGAGGGAGGCGGGGAGUGCGAUGACUAAAGGAUUUGUAAAAGGUUUCCAGGGAAACGAGGAUCUCUGUUUCCAUUGGCUUGUUUUUUGCUCUAAUGCUGCUACACAAAUGGACUCAUAGAAAGAUGAUUCAUAGAUCAGCUGAGUGAUGUCAGAUCCGAUCUAUUUAUUUUAUGUCUGUACCAUAGAGUGAGCUCGACCAGAGAAGAAAAAAAAAGUUAUUUAUAUUUUUUCCUGGAGACUGUAUUAUAAUUUAAAAAGAUUUUUUUGUUUUGCCUGAAUCGUGGUUUCCCUUGUAAAAUGUGUACAGUAUGUUUUUGGGGGCAUUGAUGACCUGAAACCUGAAACAUACAAUCCUAUCAAAGGGAUGCAUUGUUAAUAAAAACGAAAAAACUUUGAAAUACCCAAAAA